CCAUCCGCAUGUUGUAGUGGCCGCGUUAAACGCGUUCGAUUUUCAAAUUGAUUGAUUUCGAACUUGAAUUGCGGAAUUCUGUUGUGCCAGUGAUAUUUAUUAAAUAUUCGGUUAUUGGAUUUAAAAUAAUCCUGGCUGCAAAUUUUCACUGAAUGUUCCUGCGGUAAUAUAAAAGUUUUUAAAACAAUACUGGCUGAAAACAUAUUGAUGCUCAAAAAUAAUACGGUUAAAUAAAUUUAUUUUUCUUUACGAAAUAAUUGUGGGAAUAUUAUAAAAAAAUUCGCGCCAUUGGGAAUACUUUUACGCCCUAAUAAUCAGAUGGAAAAGUUUUAAUCUGAUUUCGUGUUCUGAACUCCGAAAGUUAUUGGCGCUUAUAAAAAAUAUCGAUGUCAGUAAGUAGGAAAAUGUUACGCAGUCAGGUGUCUCCAACUCUGAUCACAUUCAUCCUGGUUUUGGGCAGUCCAGCGCUGGUCGGGACCUUCGCCCCUCCACCGGACAUCGGGUAUCCCGCGGGACUUAUCCCUGAAUGUCCUGGAGUCCUCAAAAACGCCACCAUAAGUCCCAAAAUGGCGCAGCUGUUGCAAGUGAUAGUGCACCAAAGUUCCAUCUUUGGUGCCACCAGGCGGUCGCUGCCUAUCCCCGUCGCUGCUAAGAUGGUAGCCGCUGACAAGAGUAUAGAUCUGAAGAACAAGAAGACGGUCCUCUAUGCCGUGGGUUACCUGGACAGUUCCAUGCUACCCCACAGCCAGGCUCUGGCCAACACUUACCUGAGGAGAGGGUACAACGUCUUCGUGACUGAGACCUUCAGUUUCCUCACUUACAUUUAUCCUAAGUCGGUCCGCCUCACCAGAGCUAUAGGCAAAAAACUGGGCGAAUUCCUCGUUAAACUAUCAGAACAAGGAAUGGAGGCUGAAAAUCUAGAAUUAGUCGGCCUAAGUCUUGGAGCCCACAUAGUGGGUUACGCCGCUAAACAUUUCUACGCUGCUACAGGAAAAAAACCGUCUAGAAUUACUGGUUUAGACCCAGCCGGUCCAUGCUUCAGAUCACUCCCGUCUGAAUACAGACUAGAUUCAUCUGACGCUGAUAAAGUGGAUGUUGUCCAUACAAAUAUAGAUGGUUUCGGUAUAGCGGAACGCUUAGGUCAUGUAGAUUUUUAUGUCAACGGCGGAGAGUUCCAACCUGGCGAUCUUUCUUACGUUCCUUGCUUAGUUAUUUGUAGUCACGUGAAGUCUCUUUUAUAUUGGUGGCAAGCGUUGGAACAUCCGAAAAUGUUUAUCGGAGUGAAAUGUGAUUCGGUACAAGAUGCGAGAUUGGCUAACUGCUACAAUAACAGCGAAGUCAAUUAUUUAGGCGCCGAAACUAGGUUUUCGAGACCUGGUAUUUUUUAUUUGGGCACGAAUAAUGGGUUUCCUUAUUACAGAGGGAAAGAUGGUUUGAAACCUGAAAAUGAGAUUUAUACAUCUGUUAUUAGGAGUAUUAAUUCGGAUGAUUUGUUUGAAGUUAAAUAAAUGCUUGCUAUUGCUUAGUUUGAGUGCGUUGCUUUGACGAUUGAUCCUGAUCUUGGUGUUAAAAUUACUAAUCGGUUUUCUAAUGUAGGUUUUAUAAAGACCGAUAAAUAUUUACCUAUAGCAUUUUGUACCAUAAAUUUAGAUCCAUAUCGAGAUAAUUUGAGGUUAACUUUUCCAAAGUAAGAUUUUCUUCCCCUACUAAUGAUAUAAAUGUCACUGUUACUUUGUUUGUCGGUCUCUUACGCUUUCACGUCUAAACCAACUGUACCGAUUUUGAUGAAAUUUGGCACAAAGAUAUACUUAGUUGAACUUAGGACAAAAAGGGGGAGAAGGGGUUAAAAGAAGCAAUUAAAGAUUGUCAGUGAACAUUUAUGGGGAACGAAGUCGCGAAGACAGCUAUUAUAUAAAUAAGUGACAUUAUUAUGCAUAAUUUAGAAUAGUAUUAUCACGCUUUUUUCUCAGAGAAGUAGGCAAAGAUGACAUGUUUCCACUUACCACGAUCCUUGCAUACUUCUCCUGACUUAUCCUCAUUCAUCAAACUUUUUGAUCAGGCUCAUCAGUUUGAUCGAAGGUCAAAUUCUCGAUCUGACUAGAACCUUAAGGUCACCAAUUUGAUCAACUUACGUUCAUUCAGGUUCCUGUUUCUAUUAAUAAUGUAAUUUUUUUUAACAAAUUGAAUUGAAUUGAUAGUACCUAUUACAUGGGCAAUAAGUUGAAUUGAAAUGUAACAUACAUACAUAAAAUCACGUCUCUUUCCCGGAGGGGUAGGCAGAGACUACAUCUUUCUACUUGCCACGAUCUCUGAACACUUCCUUCGCUUCAUCCACAUUCAUAACUCUCUUCAUGCAAGCUCGGCGGUUUCGGGUACUCUUGAGCUGACCCUUAAUUGAAAUGUAAUGUUGCUAUUAUUAAAAAUCAAAUAUUAAAAACUUAUUAGACAAUAUGUUUGACUGUGAUCUAGGUUAAGAUUGUUA